AUGGUCUUGUCUUCCUCUCAUGAUGAUCUUUCGCUUCCUUCUUUCUCCAAUGUUGUUACUGUUCGCUUGGAUAGGAAUAAAUUGCAUGUACUUGGUCUCGUCAUUCAUGCCCAUUGGGCAAAAGCCACCACCACCAUUCUCGCAUAUCGUCGAGAUCGCCACCGCUGCAUUGCUACUUUUUCUCCUCCUCCUGAUCCCUCUAUUCCUCCGUCCAACACCUUAUCUACCCCUGCUACUUCCUUGGUAAGCGCUUCCAUUCCUCAUUCCAUGGUUACUCGUGCUAAAGAUGGUAUUCAUAAACCUAAUCCUCAUUAUGCUCAUCAUGCUUUACUUGCGGAUUCUACUAAUGCUCUUGUUGAGCCUACUUCUUUCAGUCAAGCUAAUACACAGGUUGAAUGA